CCCCGCGUCUCCCCAGCGGCAGCGAAGGAGUUUGGAAGUUCAAAAUGGCCGCCGCGGCGGAGCCCGAGCUGCGAGCGCCCGAGGUUGAGGAUGCUGAUGCAUCUGAAAGAAGUGUAAAUGAAGAAAAUGGGGAAGUAUCAGAGGCAGACCAACCUCAGAACAAGCACAGCCGACACAAAAAAAAGAAACACAAACACCGAAGUAAACACAAGAAACAUAAACAUUCUUCAGAAGAAGAUAAGGACAAAAAACAUAAACACAGACACAAACAUAAGAAACAUAAACGGAAAGAGGUAGCUGAUACCUCUGACAAGGAAGAUGGACCAGCUAAAAGAACUAAAAUUGAUUUUUUAGCUCCUUUGGAAGACUUGGAGAAACAAAGAGCAUUACUGAAAGCUGAACUUGAAAAUGAAUUAAUGGAAGGAAAAGUCCAGUCUGGGAUGGGAUUAAUAUUACAAGGCUAUGAGUCAGGAUCUGAAGAAGAGGGGGAGAUUAAUGAAAAAGUGCGAAAUGGAACGAGACCUACAGCUAAGUCAAACACUAAGGGGAAAUUAGAACCUGUGGACAACAAAACUAGUUCCAAGAAAGGAAGUAAGAGUGAAUCGAAAGAAAGGACUAGGCACAGAUCUGACAAAAAGAAAGGCAAGGUAGGAGUUGAUGGAAUCAAAGAGAAGACAACUAGAAGCAAGUCAAAAGAGAGGAGGAAAUCCAAAAGCCCUUAUAAGAGAAGUAAAUCUCAAGAUCAGACAAGGAAAUCUAGAUCUCCAAUGCUUAAAAGGCGAUCUCAGGAGAAAAACAGAAAGUCUAAGUCUCCCCCAGAGGAUAGAAAUAAGGCUGAUGAUAAAAGUAAAUCAAGAGAUCGCAGAAAGUCUCCAGUUGUAAAUGAAAACAAAAGCAGAGAUCGUGGCAGAAAAUCUAAAUCACCAACAGAACUAAGAAGCAAAUCCAAAGAUAGACGAUCACGGUCCAAAGAUAGAAAACCUAGGAGAUCAGAGACUGAGAAAGAAAAAAAGCCAAUUAAAUCUCCUUCUAAAGACGCUUCUUCAGGGAAAGAAAACAGGUCCCCUAGACGACCUGGCCGUAGCCCAAAAGGAAGAAGCUUGUCUCCCAAACAACGUGAAAAGUCGAGAAGAAGCAGAUCCCCUCUCUUUAAUGAUCGUAGAUCUAAACAGAGUAAAUCCCCCUCUCGAACUCGGUCUCCAGUUAGAAGAGUGAGGAGUAGAUCUGCAGAAAGGAAAAGAAGAGAAUCAGAAAGGAGGCGUCUUUCUUCUCCCAGAACGCGGACCAGAGACGAUCUUUUGUCUAGACGUGAAAGAUCAAAAGAUGUUAGCCCACCCAGUAGAUGGUCGCCAUCCAGAAGAAGGUCUCGGUCCCCCAUUAGAAGGCGGUCUCGCUCACCCCUUCGACGUAGCCGAUCUCCAAGAAGGCGGAGUAGGUCUCCUCGGAGAAGGGAUAGGGGCCGAAGAAGUAGAUCUCGCCUUCGAAGGAGGUCCAGGUCACGCGGUGGCCAUAGACGUAGGAGCAGAAGCAAAGUUAAAGAAGACAAAUUUAAAGGUAGUCUUUCUGAGGGUAUGAAAGCUGAACAGGAGUCUUCAUCAGAUGAAAAUCUUGAAGACUUUGAUUUGGAAGAAGAGGAUGAGGAAGCAGAGAUAAGACAAAGAAGAUUACAGCGGCAAGCAAUUGUUCAGAAAUACAAAGGCCAGACAGAAGACAGUAAUAUAUCUGUACCAUCUGAACCAAGCAGUCCUCAAAGUAGUACGCGUAGUCGCUCAAAUUCACCAGAUGACAUCCUAGAAAGAGUAGCUGCAGAUGUUAAGGAAUAUGAACGGGAAAAUGUGGACACAUUUGAGGCAUCAGUAAAAGCCAAGCACAACCUGAUGACAGUUGAACAGAACAACGGUUCAGCUCAGAAGAAACUGCUAGCUCCUGAUAUGUUCACAGAAUCUGAUGAUAUGUUCGCUGCAUACUUUGAUAGUGCUCGUCUAAGGGCUGCUGGGUUUGGAAAGGACUUCAAAGAAAACCCCAAUCUCAGGGAUAACUGGACCGAUGCAGAAGGCUAUUACCGUGUUAAUAUAGGUGAAGUUCUAGAUAAACGUUACAAUGUCUAUGGUUACACUGGUCAGGGAGUCUUCAGUAACGUAGUGCGAGCCAGGGACAUGGCAAGAGCAAACCAAGAAGUAGCGGUUAAAAUCAUCAGGAACAAUGAACUUAUGCAAAAAACUGGCCUGAAAGAACUGGAAUUUUUGAAGAAGCUCAAUGAUGCAGAUCCUGAUGACAAGUUUCAUUGUCUACGAUUGUUUAGGCAUUUCUACCACAAACAACAUCUCUGUCUGGUAUUUGAGCCACUCAGUAUGAAUUUACGAGAGGUGUUGAAAAAGUAUGGGAAGGAUGUUGGACUCCAUAUUAAAGCUGUGCGUUCCUACAGCCAGCAGUUGUUCCUGGCUUUAAAGCUUCUCAAAAGAUGCAAUAUCCUACAUGCAGAUAUUAAACCAGAUAAUAUUUUGGUGAAUGAGUCUAAAACAAUAUUAAAGCUUUGUGAUUUUGGAUCAGCUUCGCAUGUUGCAGAUAAUGACAUCACACCAUAUCUAGUUAGUAGAUUUUAUCGAGCUCCAGAAAUCAUUAUAGGAAAAAUCUAUGACUAUGGUAUAGAUAUGUGGUCUGUAGGCUGCACAUUAUAUGAACUUUAUACAGGAAAAAUACUCUUUCCUGGCAAAACCAAUAACCAUAUGUUGAAACUAGCCAUGGAUCUCAAAGGAAAGAUGCCAAACAAGAUGAUUCGAAAAGGUGUGUUCAAAGAUCAGCACUUUGAUCAAAAUCUCAACUUUAUGUAUAUAGAAGUAGAUAAAGUGACAGAAAGGGAGAAAGUUACUGUUAUGAGCACCAUUAAUCCAACCAAGGACCUGUUAGCAGACUUGAUUGGGUGCCAACGACUCCCUGAAGACCAGCGUAAAAAAGUACACCAGCUAAAGGACUUGUUGGACCAGAUUCUAAUGUUAGACCCAGCUAAACGGAUUAGCAUCAACCAGGCUCUGCAGCACGCCUUCAUCCAGGAAAAAAUUUAAACCAGAUGAAGAAGUUCAAAGGGUUUGAGUAAUUAAGAUACAAAGACUGAAGAAAUUUCACAGCAGUUAUUAAUGUAUAUAAACAUAAGAUAUUUCCCCCGCAAAGUUGAGGAAGAAAUGAUACAUUUGAAUUAACAUCAAGGCUGAUAAUUUCUUUUAGAAAUGUUAGAGUAAUUCUGUUUUGUGUCUUAUGUGAAAAUUUUCACUGUAGAACUGUUUUAAUUGCCAAGACUGCACAGAAGUACAAUGCUAAUGUAUAUGGUUGCAGUUCGUAUAUAUUAUAAAAAGAAAAAAGCAUCUGUUAUA